GUUUUACAAAAGGCACUAGGCACCACCUUUCGUGGCUUCCUCUGCUCUCCUCCACAAAGGCAGGGAAGCAGCAACACUGUAGCAGGGAGGAGAGGGUAGGCAGUCUGUCCACUGUCCACGCUGCAGAAGAGAGAGAUGGGGGUGCGGGCGGCGGCGGCAGCAGUGGCGCUGGUGGCGGUGAUGGGCAUGCUGGCGCCCCGAGCGGCGGCGCAGACGCCGAACUGCGCGGCGAAGCUGGUCCCGUGCUCGUCGUACAUGAACACGACGGGGACGCCGCCGGACACCUGCUGCGGCCCGCUCAAGGACGCCGUCAAGAACGACCUCAAGUGCCUCUGCGAUCUCUACGCCACGCCGGAGAUCUUCAAGGCCUUCAACAUCAGCCUCGACGAGGCCCUCGGCCUCUCCAAGCGUUGCGGCCUCAGCGACACCACCGCCGCCUGCAAGGGCCUUUCACCUACCCAAUCUCCUCCAGGUUCACCAUCAGGUGGUGGCAGUGGCAGCAACUCCGGUCAUCACACUCUGUCGGUCGGUUUCUCAGGAUUCAUGAGCUUCUUGUCGCUAGCCUUGUGGUCUGUAUUAGCAUAAAGUUUAGGAUGCUGCAGUGGACAUUGCCUGUCUUAUCCCACAAGAUGAUUUGCACCUACGACACAAUCAACAUUUGUCUUGCUGUGUAUUGAUAUGGCCAGCCAGUAGACUGAUGUCUCUGAACCAUGUGCUUGCAUUAGACUGCACAAUUGGUCCUUCGCCCAAUUGUUCCAAAGAGUGCUUCCAUGAACUUAGACCGAAGAGUGUCUCCAAGGUCAGCUGUGGGAAGGUUCUUAAGUCCUUCGCCCAAUUGUUCCAAACCUCUGCAAGAUUAUUGGUAAUGUGAUCACAUUUUAUCUCCUC